AUGAUGCCGACGGACAAUGGCGAUGGACCCAGGACUACGAGGGAGCAGCCGGCCAGCACUGGAUCCGGCACGGGAGACUUCGUGAGGUGUGUCCAAAAGCUCGUGAACAAUGUGAGGCGAAGCGAGCAGCGCCUCAGAAAACAAGAGGAGGAAAGAGAACAAGUGGACAAGAAGUGGACACAGUAUCAGAAGGAGCUCAAGGCCUCGUUCAUGAGCGAAUGGACAAAGCACCGCGACCUGGUGGAGAAGAUCAAGCAGGAGACCGUGGACGCGCAGAAGCAGCAGGAGACAGCGGUGGACGAGCUCUAUGCACUCCUCGCAGAUCCCAAGGAGUACAUGGCGAAACCUGCGACGCUGGCACCACCACCGGAGGCCAUGGCGGAAUGGGCUCGUCUCAUGGAAGGCACAGCGGAGGCCAGGGCAAAACUGCUGGCAGUCCUCGAAGGACACAGGAAACGGCGAGAACGGGGAACUACACCGCCAAAGAGAUCUACGAGAACCCUCCCCAUAACCCCGCCGGCUACCACGACGUCCAGACGCACGGCACCCACGGAUGCGGAUGGCCUAUGGCAAGGACUUGCAGGAGACGAAGGACCGGGAGUGCUACGCGACCCCUGGGACUCACGGGGCUCAGGCCGGAGACCCUGGAUGGACCAGGUUGAAGUCCCAGACCGCCAGAGUGCCACUGAAGGGGAGCAGGGCAGAAAGCCAGUGGUGGCCCCUUCCUCUGCUGCUUCACUGGCGAGCAAGCUCGAGCGGAGCAGGGAGGCCAUGAUGGAGGCAUGCAUGGAAGAGGAGGACGGGGACGAGAACCCCCACACCAACGCUCCGAGCGGCUGCGGGUGUCCCACAGCCAGUGGAGAUCGACUAGAACCUGAACAUGGAUUGCAGGUGAUGGUUGCAGGUGGCGUGGAUGGUACCUGCGUUUUAUACAAGGGCCGGGGUGCCCUGACUAUGACCACCACGGCGGCUUCUCUGGGGCUGUGGUUGCUACAUGGAGGCUUUUUCGGCUUGUCCUCCAAAAAUCCUUUGCACAACGGCCCUGUCCCUUUGUGGUCUGGGCACACGAACUCUGUACUGGAAAUUGGUGGCUUCGGCUGCUGUGAUUCUGUGUGCAGCCUGCCACAGUAUGGUGGCAUGAACUUUGCGAGGAAGAUUUGGGAUAUUUUCGACCUCCUUGACUACACCAUGGAUGUGGGAAUGCUCCUCUUGGUUUGGGGAGUACACCUGGUACAAUGCUGGGGCGGAGCAAUGGCGGCCCCCUUCUUCUUCUGCCUGACGGUGGUCCUAUAUACUCGGGGUGCUGGUUAUGCAUUCCAUAUGGAGCAGACCCUUCGCAACCAGACGGGAAAGAGGAUGCAUACGAGGCGGGCCGCCGAAGUGGACCAGCAUACUGCUUCCUCUGGCAGUCUGCCCACGGACAUUGAGAUCUGGUGCAGUGGGCAGCUGACAAGAGAGGAACAAGCCGCACUCGCCCUUCAGAGCAGCCGCUGCAGAGUGCUGGACAAUGAUGACCUCGAGCUGGAAGACCAUGAGGAAGACGAGGCGACGGUUCAUGUAUCCUUCCGGGUUUUCUCCCCCCACUAUGAGACCGAGUCGGUGGACAUUGCCCUGGAGUUCCCGCUCAACACGGACCACGUGCUCGAGUUUGUCAGAGAAUCGGCCAGGAUUGUCACGGCAGACUGGCUCACAGAUGCUGUCUUCACCCGACCUCAACUACAUGAGGACUAUGGCAGCAUUAUUGUGCUGCCAUGCUGGCAGCGGGUGUCGGACCGAAUUGUGAUGCUGAUCGAUGCCCGUGAAAUGGGCCAAGGGGUUUUCGCUUUCUACCACCGCGGCGAACUCAGCAAACGAGACGUCCUCUACCAGAUGGAGCAGAUGCCCACGGCCCCUGUCGAUGUCUAUGUCUUCGGCGAGCCACGUAUGCUGGCAGACAACGAAGCCGUGCAGCCUGUCCUCGGUGGGGUCAUCAAGGUGGUACCGCAGGGUCGUGCUAUUGUGUGGGCCUCUGUCAUCGCUGAGAGGCUUACCGACCCACGGAGAUGGAACCCGAACACCGAACACCUGGGACAUCUCUCUGGAACACACUUCGCCUUCCAGACGGUCGCUCGACACAAGCUGCAUCAAGUCCGGAGGGGCGAUGGCUACACCCCCCUUGCUGUAGCGAGCGAGAUCUUUGACUUCGAGCAGCAACGCAUCUGGGUGAGAUCUGCCACACAGAGACCCUAUGGACUCUACUGGAAGGGCCGUCGAGUGCAUACUGUGAUUGCGGUGGUGGAGGAGGCCCAGUACCCACAACGGGACAGCUGGAUCGUUACCCUGGACCUACGGGGCAUCGGCCUAUGGCCGAUCUGGGUAGCGCUCCGUGAGAACUGCUUCUUCCCGGGUGAUGUCAUCGAGGCCUUGGACAUCCGUUUCCUGCCGGGAUACUCACUCGUUGUUAGGAGAACGGCAGGGCUGGUCUUUGUCGACGAUGGAGAACUACUGGAAGCAGCGCUACGACCUACAGGAGAGAUCACACCUACACCUGUGGGCGAGGAUGAGGACUCAGAGUCGGGUAGCAGCGACACUUUUGAUGCUCUCCCGAACUCCAGUGACCUCUCGGGGUCGCCAGCGCCAGAUGAUGGAGUACCACAAGGACCCCCACCACCAGAGCCAGUAAACCGUCCAAGGUCGAGAAGCAGGGGCAGACAGGCAGCGAAGGGCAGGCCUAUUUGCUUGGCUGACGCAAUUGGCCCCACGCACUAUGACAUGACGCAACAGACCGUGCACAUGCCCCAUGAUGCGAGUGAUGUUGCUCAGCUACUACUACCUUGGCACACGGAAGACCCUGCAGUAGACCUCUCCCAGCCGGACCUCAAGCCCAGCACGACGGAGGCGGUCCGACGAUUUGUCGACCGGGAUGUUCUUUUUGGCAACCAUGAGAACUCCGAGAUUGCGGCCCACAUCUACUCGGAUGGGUCAUGGCAUGAACCGAAACAGCUGGGCGGCUAUGCCAUUGUAGUCGUGCUGGUUGCUGCAGGCAUGACGGCUCUAUACGGUGUCUUUGGAGAGCGCACACAGGGCAACGACGAUAGUAUCUGGGACUUUGUCGACCCCCCUGCUCUCAAAAAUGAGCAGGUUGCCAUUGCGGUGGCUUUGUUAUGGCUUGCACAGGGCUGUAACUUCCGCCAAUUUGCUGGUGUGACUCUGCACUAUGACUGCAAGUCUGCGGGGCUCUCGGCUACGGGCGAAUGGGUACCGGUCAACCCCUUCGCGGAAGGCACCCAUGUCCUCGAGAGCUUCUUGAUUGAAAUCAAUGUGGCACCACUCGCUCUUCGUCAUGUAAAAGCGCAUGCGGGUGACCCAUACAAUGAAUUGGCUGACACAAUGGCCAACCUGGCAGCGCUACAGCCUCACAGGAUUGUGGCGCCACCCUCUCAAGCCGGCCUCAACCUUUUGCGGGGUGACUUCACAUGGCUUGCCACGCACUUCAGACAUGCUUGCUCUGGAGUGCUCCCCUUUGGAGCUGGUGGCGGGCUUCAGUGGUCGCAGCGGACAACAUUCAACCCGCCUACUUUGUCGCCGCAGAAACUCAUCCUGGUUCAACCUGGCUGGGGAGAUGGUGGCUGGAGUACUCAUGACUUCAGCAUGAAGGUGCUAGCCUUGAACGCACAGAGCUUGUCAGGCAAACACCAUUACUUCGAACAGCAACUGGAACAGCUGCAAUGUAACCUUGCUUGCUUCCAGGAAGCCAAGAGACAUGCAGGUGUGGUCGGUGUGGUGUCCAGCUCCAGGUACCUGCGACUGAGCACAGAGUCCCAGUCACAUUGGGGCACCUCUGUCUGGAUCAGCAAGACAAGGGGCCUACUGUCUAAAAAUCAGAGGCCGUGCCUGGUUCAGGAAGCUGAUAUCAGAGUUGUGGCCGAGUCGCCGCGGAUCCUGGCUCUGGCGAUUGACAUCGGGGGAGGCGGCGGAGUUCCGGUGGACUUGAAUGGCCGUGUCCCAACCGGUGUCCCGGGCACCACGGGUGCACUGGCUCAUGGGGACCCCGAUGACAUUGGUCACCGAAUGUGUGCGAUAGCCAAGAAAGCCAAUCUAUGGUUCCCAUCCACAUACCGAGAGCUGCACCCUGGCUGCAGCACCACAUACCUACAAGCCAAUGGCACCCCACACCGCAUUGACUACUGGGCCCUUGGAGGCCGGGCUAGCAUUGCGAACCUGCGCAGCUGGGUCGACCGGGACUUUGACACGGCAAACCUCAAUGAGGACCAUUUCCCUGUUGCCAUAGAGAUGGAUGGACGCCUGUCGGAUGCUGCCAGCCGUACCAGGCUAUGGAGGCCGAAAUAUGAUGGUGACCGCAUCUUGACGGGUGAAGGAAAACAAUGCAUUGCCGCAGCCAUGCGUGCUUACACUCCGCCGCAGUGGCUGGUCCAUCCCAGUGACCACUGCCAACACUUCCAGGACUAUGUGCACAGUGUUCUCCGGGCAAACUUCAGCUUGGAGCCGCAUGGACCCAGGGCCACUUACGUCAGGGAGCAGGCACUCACCGCCAGGGCCUUCUACCACCGGCAGCAGGAGUCGGAUUUUGGAGUUGAGAUAAAGCGGACUACCUCCACCGCCUUGCGACCUCUCAGGGACCGCGAGAAGGCCGGCGUGGGUGGUCGCCGGGCCAAGGAAAAGAAGCGCCCUCUCCCGGCACUAAAAGAUGCCAAGGGCCAAGAAGCAGCCGGUGCGGCUGACAGGGACAAGAUCUGGCUCAAGUACUUCGGUGACCAGGAGUUCGGUGUGGUCAUGCGAACAGAGGCCUAUCUCGCCCAACAAGGUGAGCAGCCCGUACUUGACGAAGACAUCCAGUGGCAAAUCACUGACGUGCCAUCGAUCCCUGAGAUCGAAGCGGUGCUCCGACAAGCACCACGCAGGAAGGCUGUUGGGCUGGAUGGGGUGCCUGGUGAAUUCUUGGCUGCGGCACCUCAUGCCACUGCGAGGGCCCUCCUGCCCUUGUUCGCCAAAACGGCGGUCAGCCUGACCCAACCUGCGCAGUGGCGAGGAGGAAUCUUGCAGGAGGCCUGGAAAGGAAGCGAGCCUUGCCCUUUCUCCGUGAAGGACUGCAUGGACUGCACUUCGGCCCCAGACCACAUGCACCAGGCCAUUCGCCGCAGGGAAUCUGUUGCGGUGCUCUUCCUAGACUCCCAAGCUGCGUACUACAGAGUGAUACGGGAGCUUUGUGUCGGCCAGGUUGAAAGCGAUCGUGCUGUCUGCAAGAUUUUCGAGUACUUCCACAUUGACCCUGAGGAUGCGAAGGAGUUCUUCAAGGACAUCGCGAAUGGAGGGAUGCUUGCGGAUGCCGGCUUCCCUGCAGCUUUACGGCACCAGGUCAAGGACGUGAUGCACCAGUCCUGGUUCGUAUCACGACAUGGGACCAGCGAGGAGCUUUGUUACACGCGCGCAGGUUCACGCCCGGGGAGCUCCUGGGCGGACCUGAUUUAUGCGUUUGUGCUCAAGAGGAUCCUGGCGCAGAUCAACGAGACCGCAGUCGGCGAACAGCUCCUCACCCCGAUGGACCUCGAUAUGGCCCGUGGCCCGUUUGAUGGAGGUGCGGGUGAUGACGCUGUCGAGGCGACGGACACCGUUUGGGCAGAUGAUGUGGCGCUGCCGGUGAGUGAUGGCUGUCCGGUGAAACUGAUGAAGAAAGCCAGCCGCCUUACGGCCAUCGUUGUGGCAUUCUGCCACAAACACGGCAUGCUGCCGAACCUCAAACCCAAGAAGACGGCGCUGAUCAUUGCGCUGAGAGGACGAGGUGCCAGGAGCGCCAAACAACAGUGGUUCCCGAAGGGGAAGAAGGAGGUCCCUCUGGAGAACCUUGGGCUCAAUGUGCAGGUUGCCGGACAAUAUGUACAUCUCGGCGGACUUGUCGACCCCGAGAUGAAAAUGACAAUGGAGGCCAGGAGACGACUGGGGAUCGCCCGAGCCUCCUUCGACACCGGCCGGGACCUCUUUUUCACCAACAAGACCAUUCCACUCCUCACGCGGGCCUCGCUCUUCCGGACCUACAUCGUGGCGACCUUCUUCAAUCUCGGCCUGUGGAUCCCGGCGGGCAAAGGCUGGCAGCUACUGGAUCGUGGCUUCACCCGAGUCCUGAAGAACCUCCUUUCGAAGGACCUUGCCCAGGAGGACUACUGCAAGCUAGCUGCCCCUGCGGUGCACAUCCUGACGGACACGCCACAGUUAGGAGCAUUUGCUAGGAAGGCAAGACUUGGCCUCCUGGGAUCGCUUGUCAAAAUCGGGUCCAAGGAGCUAUGGGCCGUACUUCAGGAAGAGAAGGAUUGGCUACAGGUAAUUGUUGAAGACCUGUGCUGGCUCUGCCGGGCAGAGCCCAAUCUUCCAGAGCCUACGGAGGCGGCCUGGCCGCAAUGGCACCAUCUGUGGAUCAACUCACAGGGUGCCAUCAAACGGGCAAUCAACAAGGCGCUGGCGAAGGACUUUGCGGUGUUCAAGGAGAAGCAGCUUGUCCUACUCUGCCUGUGGGGAGUCUACAGGCGGCAAGCUGGCAGCCACAGCUCUCAUGAGCCGCGGCCAAGACGGUGGGUGUGCCGCCCCUGCGCAAGGGUGGUGCGCACCAAGGCGGCACUCGGCGCUCACUUCUUUAAAGUGCACAAGCGCAAGGCCCAGUAUCGAAGCGUGGUUGAAGGUACGCUCUGCCGGGCAUGUGGCCGCCAGUACUGGUCGCGGGCGCGACUUGAGGUUCACCUCCGGGCCUCACGCACCUGCGCGAACACACUUCGAAAUGGUGGGGCCCGCCAAGAGGCGCCACUCCCUGGCAUCGGCAGCAGAGGAUUCAGGGCGGAGCAGGACGAGAACUUCACCGUGUCGGUACCUGUUCAGCAAGUCAUGCCGAUGCCUCUGUGGAACGAGGAAGUGUGGGACCAGGUGAUGCGACGAGCGCAUGCAGCUCUAUGUGACGCCCUCCUGAGUGUGUCUGUGCCUACGGAUGUUGAGGACAUCUCGCGACUACUGUGCUCGGUGCUCGGCGAGUUCCCGCUGCACUACUGUGAGGCGCAGAGCAUUGUCGAGCACAUUGGGACGGAGAUUCGCGAGAUAUAUGUGAACGGCCUCAACGACUACUGGACGAGUGCUAUGCGAACCUGCUGA